AUGCGCGUGGAGGGCAACACUCUCACGGGUCUCACCUCAAGAACAGCAAGAACCGCCAAAGGCAAUCUCAGCUCCAUCAAGACCGCCAAGCUGUUGGAAAGUGUGCCCCGGGCCACUCGCUGUCUAGCAACACAGCUCCGCUCUGGACACUUCCCUACCACUAAGUCCUAUCGCUAUCGCUUUAAGCUCACUGAUUCUGCCAAGUGCAGCACCUGUCGAUUAGACGACACUAUCCCACACCGUAUCUUCAUCUGCUCAAGACACAUCAUGGCGAGAAUAGCUUUGAGAAGGAAGAUUCUCGCUCUCGGUAUUAGGUUCGAAUUGGGACCUAUGCUGAGAAACGCCAAAUCUCUCCAAGCGCUAUACGAAUUCUUCAAGCCACAAAUCUCCCAUUCUCACCGACUUCUGCCGGUAAGGUCACUUAAAGGCCUUGUAAAUCCAUUCAAAGCAGCAGCAGCAGUGCGCACUCAGGCGUUACCAAGAGCAGCUCACUCAUCUACCAGAUUGUCAUCACGCACCAUCCACAGAAACUCCUUCCACACACUGGGCCACUUAUGCGUAACCAGAUCAGCCACCAGACCAGCAUUUGGCAACUUCGCCAGCCGUACUCCUCAAGCAGGUCUAGGAUGUGCAAGAACAUACGCUACAGGCAGGGGAGCAGUAGAUGCAAUCCAGAAUAUCAACGUGUUUGCCAGAUGUACUCUCAACCUGCUCGGCGAGGACCAUCUGGACAGUCUGCAAGCAUCACAAUUACGCCGUGAGCGGGAGGAUGAUCACCUCACGAACAUGAAGAGCUACUUCGAUGUCCCCGCCUGCAAGACUGUCCUCGUAGCUCCUCUUUCAUCAUCGCUCUCGCACCUCCUCACCGAGACGAAGCCUUUGCAUACCGACAGCGCAAGCGCUAAUGGGGUGUUGUUCGAUGACACUUUCGUCAGAGACCUCGUCAGCCUGAGGGUGUCGUCCAACGUACACGCGAAGCGGCUCGAUGCACUGUGUGCGAGUGUGCAGUCCGUCGCCGAUACACUCGAGGUCACCAGCUCGGCCAGCGGCCUCCUCAUCGUGAAGGCAACGUUCGAUGGCACGGCUAAGGAGAUCGGGAAGCUCAUUCAUGAUAAAUUGGACAGACUGGUUCUUGACGACAUCGCCAACGCCCAUCGAUUUUCGGGCUGGUACAGGCUCUAUCAGCUCGACGGAGAUACUGUCCUCCAUGACAUGGUAUCCAAGUCUUUCUACCUCCCAGACCCCGACCAGACCUUGAAUUAG